ACCAUGCAUGUGUACAUUUAACUACCAUGCAGGUGUAGGGCCUACAUAUGUACAUGUAGACCUACAUGUAUAUAGCCUACGCAUGUAGGCCUACCGUAACUAUUAUUUCGGGAGCAAGUAAGCGAAAGCAAUAUCCAAAAUAUGCUCCUUGUUUUCUUUUAGCGGGGAAAUAUAUAUGUCACACGCAUGUAUAAUCCACUGGGAAGUAACAGAUAUUCUCGUGCAUGUAUUUUGUUUUGUCGGGCCUCCAAACGAAGUUGUAGCUCUCUUUGUCGCGGGCCGUGAAGGCUUCAGGUGGUGCACUUGACAGACAUAUCGGAGCUCUUUUGCAAAGGAGGUAAUUUAUAGUCAUUGUCAACCUCAAAGAGUAAAAUAAAACGGUAAGUUUUAUGAAAUUGUGUCAUGUUUUCUCUUUUGUUGAAAGCCGUUGACUCACUCCUGGAACAAAACUGUCUACUGAUAUGUAACAGAAAGGGCCAUUUGGAAUAGAACUGCAUGGUGGUAACAGCUGGACCCAUCCGCUGAUUUAGAGGCUGGGGGACGUUUAUCUCGUGAAAAUGGGUGUGUCACUUGAGAGAGUACAGUUCAAGUUUGCCUCCAUUAUUGGAGAGCUCUGUAGCGAGCCAUUAGUUCUCUCUCAGUUUGCUGUAUGGCUGGAUUUGAGGUUGGCAGAAUACAAAUCCAAAGGAUCUAUAUCCCUGGAUUGCUGUGGAAUGCUCCCUGAGCCUGAUUGGUUGAAAGGGUUAAAACCACCCACAAUACCUUCUGAACCAGUGGCCCCUGGGGAUCAAGCUUUGAGUGGAGACCUGGGGGACAGCUUCUUUUCUCUGGCAAAGGAAACCAACUCACAAGAUUUUACCAGCCUGAGACAUUCCUUCUCUUCACACAAAUCUCAAAGACAUUUCCCGAAUCAUCAGAUCGAGCCUCAGUCAUCUCCAGCCGUGUAUCGACAUGCAGAGAGUGCACAAUCGGAGACCAAUAUGUCGCCAGAUGUUGUUGUUGUACCAGAAGAGGAUGAUAUCCCCACGGUUGUCAACUCCAGUCAUGCCCAACAAUCAUAUUUUACUUCCAAAAAUUCUACAGUCUCUUCCCAUUCAGAACCAUCUCUGUCACACGACUCAUCACCGUCUAGGAGAGCUUAUCACGUGUCCAACUUUUCUCACUUGAGAUCCACUCACCGAGUUGCCCCGUAUAAAUUUAGCGCACCCAACGACAGCGAGAGUAGGAAGAGAAAUUCCACUGAAAGAAACAUUGCCGCAGCGGUAAGCAGCUUUCAGAGGUGGAUCCUCGAAGAACCGCGCAACGACAAAAGGGAAAUAACUGAUAUCUCCGCCCCGGAACUGGAUUCGUAUUUGGCGGAAUUUUUCUCUGUCAUGAAGAAGCCGUCUGGUGAAGACUACACACGGCGUUCCUUCAGUGUCUAUCGUUAUAGCUUGGACAGAUAUUUGAAAGAACACAAGUAUCCCUUCUCCAUUUGCAAGUCUGAGGAGUUUUUGAAGAGCCAAAGGUCUUUCCAUCGACGGAAACUGUCCCUGCCAGAAAUGGCAACGGAUCAGUAUCGUAUCAAUACCGCCCAGCUUCCUCCUUCCUAUUUGCUUCCAUUAGACAAACCCAGUGCCGCUAACAUCAGUUCUUUCCCAGCGGGAACCAGCUAUGGUUCCAACGCAAUGUAUAUUCCAGAGAACCCACCUGAACAGUCUGACGAUUUUGAUGUUGUAGAAGUUAUGGAGUUAAAUGAGCUUCGAGAAGUCGAGAGGGUAACAGGGUAUAAACAGAGUGCUACAGCAUCAACAAGAACUGAAAAGUCGGGAGAAGAAAGGAUGGGAUGGCAUACAGAACCAAAGACAAUACAAACAGGGCCUGUUGAAAAUCCCGGCACAAUGGAGGAAUAUCCAGAGCAGAAAUCCAUCAAAAACCUCUCUUUAGAAACCAUAGCGAAGGAAGGCCAACAGUCUGACGCUUCCAGAGAUUUUUUUGAUGAGAAAGAAACGAAAUUCAAUCCUAACUCAAACAGUGGUUCUGAAGGUGAAUGAAAAAACACAUUGAAAGCUUGAACCAUCCCAGUGAAAGUCAAGGAUAAACUUUCAACUAGCAUGAUUCUGAGGAUCAAAACGUGUAAUAUUUUCAUGUAGAAAACUGAAAGAAUGUAAUGAAGUGCAUGCCAGUAAUUACCAGAUAUAUCUGAGUUUGUUUGCUCAUUAGGCCUGUGUUUCUUAAAACAUUUCAACAAUUAGCCCCGUUCAUUAUAAGCUAAAAAAAACUUAUGAUUUUAGCCUCCUCUGCAAAGUCAAAAUGGACUUUAAAUCAGAAUUUAAGCCUCCUUUAAAGUAAAGAUGGACUCUUAUUGCUGAAUAUAAACUCUGCCUCUUGGCCUAUAUCCAGAAGGUGUAUGGCAU